AUUUAUACGAAUGCGAAAAUGCGUUAACGUGAAAGUAUAUGUCCAUGGAGGAGACACACGGAGGCGGCAUGUCUUCCGCAACGCUCUCGUCCAUCUUGUUCCUUCUACUUUUCAGUCGUGCCGCGAAUGCUCAGAAAAGUUUAGAAUUUUUUGAUCUUUUACCCGAAGAUCCUAAAUUAUACGACAAAAUGCGUCCUCCCAAGAAAGAUGGCCAUGCAACCGUUGUAUAUUUUCACGUUACUGUGAUGGGACUUGAUUCUAUCGAUGAAAAUUCAAUGACAUAUGCCGCUGAUAUUUUCUUUGCCCAAACGUGGAAAGAUAAUAGACUCCGAUUGCCAGAAAAUAUGACAUCUGAGUAUAGAUUAUUAGAAGUUGAUUGGCUGAAAAAUAUGUGGCGGCCAGAUUCCUUUUUUAAGAACGCAAAGUCGGUGACAUUUCAAACAAUGACGAUACCAAAUCACUACCUAUGGUUAUAUAAGGACAAAACCAUUCUGUAUAUGGUGAAGCUGACUCUAAAACUCUCUUGCGCCAUGAAUUUUUUGAUCUAUCCUCACGAUACGCAAGAAUGUAAACUGCAAAUGGAAAGUCUGUCGCAUACGACAGACGAAAUGAUCUUCCAGUGGGAUCCCGAUGUUCCUCUCGUUGUAGACGAGAAUAUCGAGUUACCCCAAUUACAACUCGUUAAAAAUUAUACGGCUGACUGCACGCAGGUUUAUUCCACUGGUAACUUUACUUGUCUUGAAGUCGUGUUUGUGCUGAAGCGACGUCUCGGCUAUUACUUGUUUCACACCUACGUGCCGACAUGCUUGAUAGUCAUCAUGUCGUGGGUAUCAUUCUGGAUAAAACCUGAGGCCGCACCCGCCCGAGUCACCCUGGGAGUCACCUCGUUGCUCACGCUUUCCACGCAACACGCCAAGAGUCAGGCCUCUUUACCGCCCGUUUCGUACCUGAAGGCCGUCGACGCCUUCAUGUCGGUCUGCACAAUAUUCGUGUUCAUGGCGCUGAUGGAAUAUUGUCUGGUAAACAUCGUUCUUGGUGAUUCGGAUACGCCCACAGCGAAACCUGCACCUCCGCCACCGCCGCCGUGCUCGAGCACCUCGGAUUCAGCCAAACUUGAUAAGAUCUUCGAUAUCGCUGCCAAGGAAAACGCAAUGUUGUUAUCCUGCCGAUCGCAGAAAUCGCCGAUUGUACCGCCACUCGGACCUACCCCAGCACAAAAGGCGCGAAUACGGGCAUUGAACAUUGACCGCUUCUCACGAGUUUUCUUCCCUUUCCUAUUUGCCGUGCUGAACGUCACCUAUUGGAUAAUGUUUGCCGAGUAUAUUUAGACACUAGACAUCGAGAACACUGAUCGUGGAAUUUGUGCGAUACUUCAAGAAGAGCAAGAACAAGGGUACGAGUUCUGCGAGAAACUGACACUCUGGAAACAUU